CGGGGCGGGAGCAUGGUCCAGGCCCGGUGGAGCGGGGGGCUCCGGCGGGUACGCCCCGCCGCCUAGUGAGCGCCCGGGCGGCGCGGCCCGGGCCGAGCCAGCACGCAAAGGCCGAGGAGGAAGGGGACAAGGGAGGGAACUCAUGAAUAUUCACACCCGCUGGAGCGUGAGGGAGCCAGCCACCAUACUGCUGGGUGUCAUUGGAGCGUUCCUGUUUCCCAGUGACCGGAGAGGCAGCCUGGGAGUCAUACGUGGCUCAGGCAGGGAGAGGAAAGGGGCAGCCAGCUGCGGCCCAAGAUUUACCUGGGCAACCCUCCCUGCUGGCAACCGUAGAGGAGAUGGUUGUGUGGGCAGAGACCUGGCAGGCUGAGCCCUCUCCUUCCUCACUCUGAGCCUCAGUUUCUCCAGCUGCCUUCCCUACAGACCCAGGACCCCAGUGAAGAGAUGAGGAACGUCAGCCCAUCACUGAGCAGCUGAGAAGGGUGGCACAGGGGAUGGGUGUCUGAGAUGCCGCUGCCACAGAAGAAGCGCUGGGAGUCGAUGGCCAAGGGGCUGGUGCUGGGAGCACUCUUCACCAGCUUCCUGCUGCUGCUGUACUCAUACGCCGUCCCCCCACUGCAUGCUGGCCUGGCUUCCAUCAGGACCCCGGAGGGUGCAGCGCCCUGCUCCCCAGCCCCGGGUGAGCCAGAGACAGCAACCCCGGCUAACGGCUCGGUGGGAGGGUGCCAGCCUCGGCGCGACAUCGUAUUCAUGAAGACACACAAGACGGCCAGUAGCACGCUGCUCAACAUCCUGUUCCGCUUCGGCCAGAAGCAUGGGCUCAAGUUUGCCUUCCCCAAUGGCCGCAACGACUUCGACUACCCAGCCUUCUUCGCCCGCAGCCUGGUGCAGGACUACCAUCCGGGGGCCUGCUUCAACAUCAUCUGCAACCAUAUGCGCUUCCACUACGACGAGGUCCGGGGCCUGGUGCCACCCAACGCCACCUUCAUCACUGUGCUCCGUGACCCCGCUCGCCUUUUCGAGUCCUCCUUCCACUAUUUCGGCUCGGUGGUGCCCUUCACGUGGAAGCUCUCCAGCCACGACAAGCUGGCCGAGUUCCUGCAGGACCCUGACCGCUACUAUGACCCCAACGGCUACAACGCCCACUACCUCCGCAACCUGCUCUUCUUCGACCUGGGCUACGACAGCGGCCUGGACCCCAGCAGCCCGCUGGUGCAGGAGCACAUCCUGGAGGUGGAGCGCCGCUUCCACCUGGUGCUCCUACAGGAGUACUUUGACGAGUCCCUGGUGCUGCUCAAAGACCUGCUGUGCUGGGAACUGGAGGACGUGCUCUACUUCAAGCUCAAUGCCCGCCGCGCCUCGGCCGUGCCCCGCCUGUCCGGCGAACUGUACCAGCGUGCCACCGCCUGGAACGUGCUGGAUGCCCGCCUCUACCGCCACUUCAAUGCCAGCUUCUGGCGCAAGGUGGAGGCAUUCGGGCGGGAGCGCAUGGCCCGUGAGGUGGCCGCGCUGCGACGUGCUAAUGAGCACAUGCGGCGUAUCUGCAUCGAUGGGGGCCACGCCGUGGACGCUGCUGCCAUCCAGGACUCGGCCAUGCAGCCCUGGCAGCCCCUGGGCGCCAAGUCCAUCCUGGGCUACAACCUCAAGAAGAGCAUUGGGCAGCGGCACGCACAGCUCUGUCGUCGCAUGCUCACACCCGAGAUCCAGUACCUGAUGGACCUUGGCGUCAACCUGUGGGUCACCAAGCUCUGGAAGCUCAUUCGGGACUUUCUGCAGUGGUGACAUCCCGCCAGUCCAGCGGCCCCACCCUGCCUGCUUGCUGGGCCUGGCAGGGACCUGCUGGUCUCCCCCACACCCCUCCUGGUGCCACCCCGGUCCCUGGGGUAAGGUGGGGCUGCUGUGGGGACGCAGCCAGCCAGCACUGGGCCCAUGGCACACAGAGAAGGCCUGAGAUCAGUAUUUGACUAAUUAUACCUUUUUAAAAAUUUAAAUCCCCUUCCUUCCAAAAAAAGAAUGUCCUAUUUCAUGCCUUCCCUUACAGGGAAGACCUCAGAAGUAAAGACAUUCGAUGUUGUGUUUUUGUUAACCAGCCUCAGUGGUGGUGACUGGCAGGGCCCUGGUGGGUGAUGACUGGUGGGUACUGGGGACCCCAAGAGAGCAUGAUGGUGCCUAUGUGAGUAUAUCUGUGAGACAGAAACCCAUGGUGUGGCAAGGAUUUGGUGUGCGCCAAAAUGCUGAAGCCCUGUGUGGUUGAAGGACUCCAACAAGUUCCCAGGACCUGGAAGAUCGUGUGUGUGUGUGUGUGUGUGUGUGUGUGUGAGAGAGAUGUGUGUGUGUGCGUGUGUGUGUAUGUGACAGGGAGGAGGGGAACACUCCGUGGGCAUUGAGCAGCAGGUCUAGGGCCCAGGCUAAGGGUUCUUUGUACAAUCUCUAAUCUCACAGUAACCCUUUGAGGCAGGCACAGUAACUGUCCCAUUUUGUAGAUGUGGGAACUGAUAUUCUGAGAGGGCAAAGGACUUGCCCAAGGUCACGUAUCAAACCCAAAACUAAACCAUCUCCCUGGGACCCUGAACCCCUUCCAUCGCUAGUGCCUGUUCACCCCUUCUCCCCCACCGACCAAUGCUGGUGCUCCAACUCUACCUAGGCCCUGGUUUCCCCCUUACACCCUGGGAUUUCAUAUAUUAAUCCAAAAAUAUUUGGUAUUCAUCAGAUAUCUCUGUGCACCCAGCCCCAAGCUGGCCCUAAGUGUAUAGCAAUUAGCAAGUUGGCCCAGGGCUCUCCUGGAGCUCAUGUCCAGAGAGGAAGAUGGCGGCCAAACAACCAAGGCAAGUCAGGUAUGACCAACGAGGGUGGGAAUGCAUCUGCUCUAACCAACCUGCCUUCCUCAGCCUCCCCAGGGAAACAGGGGCCCUUUCUGGGACUCUUGGGUCUCUAACCAGGGACCCGACAUGAAAGGCAGAAACCACAGCCAAAUGACCCCAUUGGAGACUUGUUUGUGCCAGGCUCCAAGCCAAGUGCGUGCACAACUUAUUGGAAUAUCUGCAGCCUCCCUGCUUUAUAGUUCAAAGGUCAGAGAGGUUAAGUGACCUACCCAAGGUCACACAGCUAAUUAGUGCCAGAGCCAGAAUUCAAAGCCUGAUCAGUCAGCUCUUAACCUCUCUCCCUGGGCUUGAGUCAGGCUUCCUCCUGGAAGUGAGUUUCUGGUCCAAGCAGGGUAUAAAGGGGUUAGGGUGACCAAGUGUCUCAGUUUCCUGGGACUGGCCCAGUUUUAGCACUGAAAGUUCCCACAUUCCCAGAAAACUCCUUGGUCCCAAGCAACCAGGAUGGUGGGUCAGCCUAGGAGUGGUUUGAUCCCAUUAACCCCCUAGAAUCAUUGUCUGCACCCUCAUAAUGUUCUUUGCAGUAAGAAAUAAGCACACCCUUGAAGUCUUGAUUCAGUUCAUGUGGAGAGACC